CGCCGCCGAGCCUCAGCGCCGCUCGCCCCCGCCCUCGCUCUCCCUCCUCUCCUCUCCCUGCGCCGCCGUUGCGGGUCAGCGCCAGCCACUGCCGCAGUGAGGGGGCAGCGGGAGCCGGCAGUGGGCCCGGCGGCGACGCCGAACAGGCUGACAGCGAGGCCGGGGCUCGGUGGAUUCGCGACCGCGGGGGGGGAAGCGCCUGACGCCCAGCCGCCGCCAUGGGAAAUGAGGCAAGCUACCCUUUGGAAAUGUGCUCGCACUUUGAUGCUGAUGAGAUUAAACGACUAGGAAAGAGAUUUAAGAAGCUUGAUUUGGACAACUCUGGUUCUUUGAGUGUGGAAGAGUUCAUGUCUUUGCCUGAAUUGCAACAGAACCCGUUAGUACAGCGAGUAAUAGAUAUAUUUGAUACAGAUGGCAAUGGAGAAGUGGACUUCAAAGAAUUUAUAGAAGGAGUCUCCCAGUUCAGUGUCAAAGGUGAUAAGGAACAGAAGUUGAGGUUUGCUUUUCGCAUUUAUGAUAUGGACAAAGAUGGGUAUAUCUCAAAUGGAGAGCUCUUCCAGGUGCUGAAGAUGAUGGUUGGGAACAAUCUCAAAGACACUCAGUUACAGCAAAUUGUAGAUAAAACCAUAAUUAAUGCAGAUAAGGAUGGUGAUGGAAGAAUAUCUUUUGAAGAAUUCUGUGCUGUUGUAGGAGGCCUAGAUAUCCACAAAAAGAUGGUGGUAGAUGUGUGACUCUGUAGGGCACCACCCAACACUUUUGCUUUCUUCUCCAUCUCUGAAGAUCUGCUCAAGACGUCCAGCAAUGCUCUCUGUGUAUUUAAAUGGAAGUAUUUUUCUCUGUGAAGCCACAUUUUCCAACAUGAGCCUCAUGAAGCCAACUAAGUGUUAUUGAACUUUUAUUCUCUCAAUAACUCGGUGUAGCACUUUAAAGUCUGAAGGACAGCAAAGAUGGAAAGAGCAUAUCAGUGUGGUGGAGAAAGGGAAGGGGUUGGCUUUUUAAUUUAUUUUUCUUCAUCUUUUAUAACAAGGAAAUAUCUAUCUAUAUAUAUAUAUGUGUGUGUGUAUUUAUAUAUAGAUAUAUAUGUAGCUUUCUAUAUGUAGUAGCUAGGUGGGCUUUAAUUUAAUAUACUUGAUUCAGAAACAAAACUAGAGUACAAAGUGCCAAGCAGAAUAUUAACAGUUCAAUAUAUGGAUAUACAUCCUUACUUUUAUUUCACACAGUUUUAUAUAUAUAGUAGAAGAAUGUAAAAUUUUAACUGGGUGUUAGGUCAACUCUUUUCCUUUUCCUGUGACUGUUCAGAUGUUUCUAUAUAUUGACUGGCUGACAAAGCGUUGCUUCUUAUUAAUUUACCUUAAUGACAUUUUUUGUAACACAGGAGACUAAGUUUAUUUAUACCUGUUAAUAUAUUACCAGGGACUGUGUCUCUUUGCUAAAUAACUUAGUACAAUUCUACUUAAUAUGAGAAUAUAGUUUAAUGCUACUGCCAAGAACUAGCCCUCACGUGCAUAUAGUAACUGCAGAAUGCUUUGGUGGCCACUAGAUUUUGUCACCUAGGGAUUGGGAACAGCUACAGCUGUCCCAUGGUUAGUGCACAUCUGCUGUUUUGGAUUCAUUUUAGAUACGGCUGCUCAAGGUGUUAGACACAUUCAUGAUUUUCUCUUGUGCUUAGCUUAAUGAAAUUAGGACCUACGUAAGUGUGCAGGAUUCCCAUCUACUUAUUUUAUACUGUUCUUAGACUAUAAAGUGUUCUUGCCAUUUAAAUUCUGUUGUUUCAACAGUGAUAGUUUCCCCUCUGCAUUUAAAGAAUACUACAGGUAGCAUAAAUAACUGGUAAUGUUUUAUAUAUAAUAUAUAUAUGUAUAUAGGAUUCAUACAGGGGGAAAAUCUUGUUAACCUAUGCCAUAGAGGAGGAAAACUUCACACUAUCUAAAUUUAUACCUCUUGCGGUUCUCCAGACCUUUGCCUGGAGAUUUUUUUCUUUUCUAGAUUUGUCCAUAUCAUAAUUUGUAAUGGAUGGUAACUUGAUAUAUUUGUGUGAUAUAAAAGUAGCGAGCCAUGUUUUACAACUUUAUAUCAUCCCUUCCCUUUUCUGCAAUGGUACUAUUGGCUGGAAGACAAACAUUUGCUAGAUUUUUUAGGACAGUACAUCUUUCCUGUAUAGUAGUUUUUCUAUUAAAAACAAUUGUUUUAUAAUCAGCAGUGGAAAGUGCAGGUUGUCUGAUCCUACUUCUAUUGAGCACCUGUCUGCCAUAGCUGUUCCUUCGACUGAGUGCUGCACAUCAUGGGCUCUGUCUGUGAGAGAGAAAUCCAGGUGCUUGGUGUCCUUGCAUGACAUGAAGUUUUGCAUGUAGAUCGAUUUGAAAUGUUCCUCUUGUUUACAUAAUUUGCAUAAUUUAAGAUAAUGUUGCCAAACUUUGGUAAAUGUUAAUGUUCAAAACAAAAAAUCUCCACUACAUGUAACUUUCUUCCUCUGGAUCAGUACGUGGCUUGUAACCCCAGCCAGUGGUUGUAUCUGUUCCAGUGUCAACUGCCAUGUGCUCUGCUUCAAGGGGGAACUAGUCUUUUGUGAAUUUUUUGUACAUAAGUAUUUGUUACAAACAUUUUAGCAAAUGCUUUUGAUUUUCUCUUACUUGCUUGUGCAUAUCUUGGCUGGCGUUAUAGAAAUUUAGUGCUACCGUUAUUUCCUUAGGGGGAUUGGAAGGGGAGGGAUGAGGUUUUUUAGUUUGUGUGGGGAAAAAUGAUUUACGUUGAAUGUUUAGUUUUUCCUCUGCAUGCUACAUCAUAUGUUGUGGGAACUAUAAGAACCUUCAUACUAUAUGAAUAUAAAAUAAAAUAUUUGAACCUUG